AUGGAUGAACAGCACUUAGAGCGCAUCCUCGACGCAACCGACGGCGAGCCCAGCACUAGUGGCGCAGAUGCAGGCGCACCCGUGGCAGCAGCUAGCGGCGGCCUAGCGCCCGCGCAGCCAGCGGCGGACGGAGCUGGACCGUCAACGUCCGCCGACGGCCAGCAGCCGGGGGCAGCCGCCUCGACAAAGGCGGCAUUCGAUCCGUUGGGUCCCCGCCGCAAGCCCAAGGGCCGCGCCGCGGGCCCGCCGGCCGGCCUCGGGCUUGGGGGCGGCCUCAGCCCGGCUGGGGGCGGCGGCAGGGCCCGGGCGGCGCGGCCAGAGGCGGCUGGACUGGAGGACGACCUUUUGAAGCUGGUGGCUGAGUGGUCGCAAGCAUUGCACCCGGAGGCAGAGCCUGCGAGCGCUGGCGUGUCGGCGAGUGCGGGCGGCCCGGCGUCGCAGGGGCCGCAGCAGCAGCGCCCCGGGGCCGCCGUCCUACGGGCCCUAGAGGAGCAGACGCGCCGCACGGUCGCGGCGCAGCGGGGCGGCGGCGGUGGCGGUGGCGCGGGGACCGGCGGCAGCGACGGGGAGGGGGAGGAGGGCGAAGGCGAGGACGGCGGCGGCGGCGGCGGCGCUGGGGGUGACCACGUGAGCAUGAUCGUGGACGUGGUGAUGCAGCACCUGCUCAGCAAGGAUGUGCUGUACCAGCCGAUGAAGGAGAUCCGGGACCAGUACCCCCCCUGGCUCGAGGAGCACCGCGGCAGCACGGCCCCCGAUGACCUGGCGCGGUACGAGGCGCAGUACGCCGCGAUCUGCCGGCUGGUGGAGGCUUACGAGAGGCAGCCGGGGGACUACCCCAAGAUCAUGGCAUUGCUUCAGGAGAUGCAGGCCUGCGGCGAGCCGCCCGCCGAGAUAGUCCAGGACAUGAGCAGCGCGAUCGGCGCCGAGCUGCCGCCCGGCAUGAUGGGCGGCCCCGGCGCUGCGCCCGCCGGGCUCGCAGGGGGCGGCCUCGGCGGCCUGUUUCGCGGCGGCGGCGGCGGCGGCGAGCUGGGCGGCUUGGGCGGCUUGGGCGGCCUGUUUGGCGGCGGCGGGGGUGCGGGGGCGCCUCCAGGGGAGCUCGACCUGCCCCCUGAGCUGCUGGGGGCUCUGCCCGACAACCUGCGCAACUGUCCAAUCCAGUAA